AUGACUGAAUAUUUAGAUUACGGCUCUAAUAUCGAUGUCAUCAACGGCUCAAUAAAAGUCUCCAUUGACAUUAUGAAUGAUGUUAUCAAAGCAAUUUCAGAUAUCUGCUCUCAUUUUGCUGGUGUUCAAGACUCUGUUACCAAACUUCUCCAGAAUAUACCAAACUUAAAUAAAUCAAAGAAGUUCAACAUCUUUAAGAAGAACGAAGACGAAAAUAAACAAAAAUUCAAAAAUCCUCUGAAAAAACUAAUUGAAUUAAUUCUACAAUCGCUUUCGGAUAAUAGAUUGAUAUUGGAGAUGCUCUCCAAAAUACAAAACAAUUAUGUCGAAUAUUAUUCCUCAAUUAAAAAUAAAUUCGAAGCAGACGGAAAAGAAAUCGAAGACACAUAUAAGCAAUACAAUUUCUUAUAUGUGUCAGUUGCAAAUACGUGCAAUUCAAUGCAAGAAUCCUAUUUGAAAUUAUGCGAACAAAUAGAGGAGCUACAUUCAAGAAUGGGAGAUAACUCAACACCAGAACUCAAAGAACAGUAUUCCAAUCUUAAGGAAGAAUUCGCAAAACUUCAACAUUCUUUAUCAGAAAUUACGAUAACUUUGAACGAAGAAACACAACGCUACAACAUAGAAAUGGAGUAUCUUCUAUCUAAAUGGGAACAGGUACAUAUUGAAAAAGAAACCCAAAUCCAACAGUAUAUUUUGAAAUUAUUCAAACAAAUUGAAACAAUUCCAGUACAGUUAACUACCAUGGCUAAUGAAAUGCAGUUAGUAAUUGAAGAGUUUCAAGACAACCUCGAUAAGGACUAUCUUUCAACUUUUAUUUCUAAUUUAGAAGAAGUUGAAUUGCCAAAGGUAUUUUUCACUCCACAUAUGUUCGAAUUUAGUGUUUCUGACUAUACUGAUUACGAUAGGCUAUAUGAUACUGGUUUCUAUGAUAAAGUUGUGAAAUUACUCAAUGAUUACCAGGAUGCUAUACUUUUAAAGACUGGCGAUGACUGUAUUGUACAUUGUGUUAAUGAUAAUACAACAGUCAUUACUCAUAAGCCAAGCCAUCGAUUAUUUGAGAUUCCAACCAAUUAUUUGGAUAUCCCCAAGCCUUGA